UUGUACCUUCUGUUAACUUCCAAUUUUAGUUGCGCUUAAUCGUUUUCAGAAGCUGUUGUUGUCAAUUUUUGGUCAGUAAUAUCUGUUUCAUGGUGCUAUAUAUUCUUGUUCAUGCGAUCUCUGGGGUAUGGAUUUGCCACCCUCUUUUAGCGGAUGGCUGAGGAUCCUCUAUGUGGUUUUUGCUUUCUGCUCUGCUCUGUGUCUGGGUGCUCUCAAAGGUUUACUCGUGGGUCCUAUUGCUGGUCUAAUACUGGUAAUAGGGAAUGUUGGGGUAAUUCUUGGUAUGUUUCCUGCACAUGUUGCCUGGACAGUUUACAGCCUUAUAAAGACUAAUAGAUUUGAUGCACCGCUUAAAGUUGCUAUCUUGAUAGCUUUACCAGCCUUAUUUGGAUUAUGGCUGGGUCUAAGCAUUGCUGGGAGUGUUCUUGUGGGAGUCGGCUAUGGGUUCUUCACUCCCUGGGUUUCUACCUUUGAGGCCUUCAGGCAUGACAAUGAGUCCAAGAAAUUCUCACAUUGUAUUGUGGAUGGAACAUGGGGAACCAUUAAAGGAAGCUGUACUGUGGUCAGAGACUUUGCAGAUAUAUGUUUUCAUUCAUACCCACUUUACUUGGUGGAAUUACGUGAAUCUCCUGCUUCAAAUGAACUUCGAACACUUAGGUUUAUUCAUAUACCUGCAUGUAUCACUGCUGGGUUGAUGGGACUGAUCGUGGACAUUCCUCUUUAUACUGCAAUUGCUAUUGUAAAGAGUCCAUAUAUGUUGUUCAAAGGCUGGUUCAGACUGGUACAUGAUCUAAUUACCCGAGAAGGCCCAUUUCUUGAAACAGCUUGCGUCCCCAUUGCUGGUUUGACAAUCCUUUUGUGGCCAAUUGUUGUUACGGCGAGCAUCUUAAUGGCGGUUUUUUCGAGCAUUUUUGUUGGAUUGUAUGCAUCAGUUAUAGUAUAUCAGGAAAGAUCUUUCCGGAGAGGUGUAGCUUAUGUGAUUGCAAUGGUUGCUGAAUUUGAUGAAUACACAAAUGAUUGGCUUUAUCUUCGAGAGGGGACUAUUCUUCCAAAGCCCCUGUAUCGAAAGAAAUGUGUCCCUCAAUCAUCUGAAUUUUCUUUUAGAGGAAAUCACAUGAAUGGAGGCAUAAUAGGUUCUUUUUCUACAGAAGCACCUGCAAUGCUAGUGCCAAGUAUAGCCCAUUCAAGAUCAGUUAUGGAGACCAUACAAGAAGUAAAAGUGGUGCAGAUCUGGCAGAGUAUGAUGAGGUCCUGUGAAAUGAGGGGGAAGGAACUUUUGGAUGCUGAUGUAAUUACACCAGCUGACCUCUAUGAAUGGGUGAGGGCAAAGAAUAGUGAUGAAGCAGCCGUUAUUAGUGUUGGUUUGCCUUGUUAUUCUCUCUUGCAGGCUCUUCUCCACUCUAUCAAAGCCAAUUCGGGUGGUUUGUUGCUUCUUGAUGGUGUUGAAGUAACCUACUUGAAUAGACCAAAGGACAAAUUGUUGGACUGGUUCUUUAAUCCUGUAAUGGUCUUAAAGGAACAGAUUAGUGUCAUAAAAUUAGAAGAGGAUGAGGUGAAGUUCUUGGAGAAUGCAGUUCUAUUUGGAAGCAAUACACAACGUAUGGAGGCUUGGCAAAAUGGCAGUUUAGCACCUCAAGAUGCUCUCAGAGCUGCUCAAAUCCAGGGCAUUACUAGAAGGAUGAUUGGAAUGAUAAGAAGUGUAUCAAAGUUUCCUACUUACAGGAGAAGAUUCCAGCAAGUUGUGAAGGGUCUAAUCUCGUAUUCCCUAGAGAAGGAGCGUUCUAGCAGAUCAACUUCAUUAUGUUCAAUUGCUUCAUUUUAAGAUAUGUAGGAUAUGAUGAACUCAAACCUAUGCCUUCUGCUCUUUGUCAAAUUGCUUUUAGCCUGCCAAUUUCUUUAGGUUUCUCAAUUGCUGUAGAAACUUAUUAAGUUUGGAAAUUAUUGAUACUGAGCAACCAUUAAGAACAUGCCAU